ACCACGUCCACUUUUUCCCAACUCCCCUACCUCGCUACCAUUACCAUUGAUCUCCAAUCACACCAAACCCACAUUUGUACAUAAUCACCAUGUCCGAGUCCCUCGCCGUUCUCCGCCGCCGUCGCACGGACGAACUCGCGCGCCUCGCGGACGAGCACGAAAAGCACGAUCUCCUUCCCGAAGACCGCGAGAUCCUGAAAAAUGCCGCAUCAAGAACGCGGUUUUGGACGGCUAUUGGGUCGGGAAUCGGCAUGGGAAUCGGUCUAUCUAUGGCCUUUAGACUGCGCGGUGCUCGUCGGGCGUUCUUUCAGGCGUUCCGCGCUGCCGAGAAGCCGACGCGGGUUGUGUUUGCUGAUGGGCGGACUGAGUCUAUUCCCGAUCUCACACCGUUACUGAAGCCGACUACGCUUGGGGAUAUCGCAACGUAUUUCUUUUCCUCGUUUGGUGGAUUGUUUUUGGGUGGUGAACUCGGAUUUUGGGCCGGUGCAGCGAGCGGUAGUCGGAGUGUCACUUCGGAUCCGGAGAGGCAGAAGAGAAUCGAGACUGCUUUCAAGAAGUUCAGGGCUGAUGUCCUCCGGAAGGAGGCGGAUGAAUUGGAUCUCAGGCACGACGUGACUGAUGAGAUGUUCUAGUUAGGAAAGCAAGCCUUGUCUCCAGGUUGGAAGUUGGUCUGGACUCAUUAUAUAUAUACAUCGGCGGUGGCGUAUGUCUAUCUCCAUCCUUGCAUCAUUCGUCUUGGGUUUGCAAUGUAAAAUAGCUAGCAAUUUUUACCAUAUUUUUCAAUGGUGCCGUCUUUUGAUAUAUAUAUAUGUAUAUCCCAUUGACCGUGCAACACCUCUAUGCAAGCAUCUAGAACAUAAAAUUCC